AUGUACCAUCGAAUCGUAGCCACCGCGCGCGACGUUCGCGUCGCGGCGUCCGUCGACGUCGUCGACGCCGCACAUCGCGACUCGCGCGACAUGUUCCGCGCCCCUCCCGAAGGUUUGCGCGCGCGCGCGAACGCGCUCGACGAUCGACGCGCGCUGCGUUUACACGACGACGAGCGAUGCGUCUUGUCCUGCGACGCCGCGAUGACGAUCGGCGACGACGACCCGGCGUCGAGCGCGAUUCCGGGUGAAUUAUACAUCACCGACGCGCGCGUCGCCUUCGUCCCGCGAGACCCGACGUCGACGUCGGCGUACGCGUGCGAGUAUCGCUGUCUCGCGCUGCACGCGAUCUCGCGCGAGGACGAUCGCUACGGAAGCGGCGGGUGCGUGUAUUGUCAGAUUGACGGCGGCGCCGACGCGCCGAGCGCGUCGACGACGACGAACGCCGACGACGCGAACGACGACGAGCCCUACGACGAGGACGACCCGGUGACGGCGCACGUGCGCUUCGUCCCGAAAGACGCGACGACGCUGGAGGAGAUCUAUCGCGCGAUGAGCGAGGGGUCGUUAUUGAACCCGGAUCCCGACGCCGAGCGAUUCGACGACGACGACGACGACGACGAAUUCCUUGAAGACGACGACGAGGCGCACGCGCGCGAAGCCGCGCUCGAGCGAUUAGAUAAGCUCCUCGUCGUGGACGACGAGGUCGAGGCGUUGAUGAAGCGCGACCCGGGUCGUUUCGAGGAUUAA